GCUAUUCCCGCCUCAACUCUUGAUUGCCUUGCACUGAUAGCCCGGCACUUACGACCGUUUAGGCAAGACGACUACUUUCGUACCGGUGGAAAAAUACCCGACCGGGCAUUCUUGGUCCGACGUGCUUGUGCACAGCUACUCCACUUUUCGGAUAUGCAUUCUGUCGACACCAACACGAAAGAGUCUUCACGGAAAAGCCUUUCUAUGGACGAUCAAGACCAGAUGUAUCCACCCGCGGACACGGUCCGGUCUAGAGCCGCAUUAAUGCCUGAACAUGGCCCAAUAUGCAUCUCGAACUCGCCAUACAAGACUGCUUUCAAGUCCCUUGCGACGACUCUCUUGGCUGCUUUGCUUCAAGCCCCUACACACCGUCUUUGUGCCAAACUGCUAGAGUCGCUCUACCUCGAUAACAGCUUUUCCCAAGGCUCGCCUUCUAUGAGUACGCACCAUGGCACCCUCUUCCACAUCCUCCUCAGCACCCGCUGGCCCUCGCACCCCCAGCCUGGCCACCGAACCUGAAAAGCACACUCAGUACGCGCCCAUUGUUCCCGAACACUCUCAACAUGACCAUCUGCAACUCCAACGCACCAUCUCCAGCCACCAGGACAUGGCCAAUGUCCAAUAUGUCGUGACUGGCGAUAACGAUGUCAUUUACAACAAGUUUUCGGACCGUCGCAAGUUGGUCAUUGUUGCUGUAGUUUCUUUCUGCAGCUUUCUCGCGCCCAUCUCGUCGACGACGGUACUGUCUGCCGUUCCCGAAGUGGCGGCUACCUUCAACACGGACGGCUCCAUUAUCAACGUGUCCAACGCCUUGUACAUGCUCUUCAUGGGCCUUUCUCCGUGCUUCUACGGCCCCUUUGGCAACAUCUACGGCCGGAAAUGGGUCUCGGUAGUGAGUGCUGCUUUAUUCACGGCCUUUUCCAUCGGCACGGCUCUCGCACCGAACCUGGCUGCGUUUUUCGUCUUCAGGGUCCUGACUGCCUUCCAAGGCACUGCGUUUCUGGUGAUUGGAUCAGCCGUGAUUGGAGACAUUUACAAACCGACUGAACGCGCAACGGCACUUGGUUGGUUCCUCAGUGGCACACUCAUCGGCCCAGCCGUGGGUCCCCUCAUCGGCGGCAUCAUCGUGACCUUCCGCAGCUGGCGUGACAUCUUCUGGGUGCAGACUGCUCUGGCCGGCGCGGCAACCCUCUUCUGCUUCUUUCUCCAGCCCGAGACCAUCCACACCAGGCGUGCCGAUGAACUCGAAGGACUGCCGAGGAAAGAGCGAGCAGUCAAGAUGUGGCAGUGGCUGAACCCCUUUCGAGUCAUCAAGUUGUAUCGCUAUCCCAACAUCCUGCUUACGGGACUGGCUUCGAGUUCGCUGGUGUGGAACAUGUACUCGCUCCUUACGCCCAUUCGAUACGUCUUGAACCCGCGCUUCAACCUGCAGUCGCCGCUGCAGUCUGGACUGUUUUACAUUGCACCGGGCUGCGGCUAUCUCGUCGGCACUUUUGUUGGCGGUCGCUAUGCUGAUCGCGUGGUCAAGAAAUACAUUCGCAAGCGUGGCGAGCGUGUUUCCGAGGACCGCCUGCGAAGCUGUGUCUUGUUUCUCGGCGUCCUGAUGCCCGGAUGUAUGCUCAUCUAUGGGUGGAGCGUCGAGAAGCGCGUUGGGGGUGUCGCCCUGCCGGUUAUCAUGAUGUUCUUGCAGGGCGUGGGCCAGCUCUUCUGCUUCCCCAGCCUCAACACUUACUGCCUGGAUGUCAUGCAAGGCCGCAGCGCCGAGGUUGUCGCUGGCAACUACUUUAUGCGUUACAUGUUCGCAGCAGGAGGGUCUGCCGCCUGUCUGCCUGCUGUUCGAGCCAUGGGCGUAGGCUGGUUCACGACCAUCAGCGCUCUCUUUCUUGUUGCGGGCGCAACGGCAACCCAUGUCACGGCAGUGUAUGGAAAGGCAUGGCGCACUGCUAUUGAAGAGAAGAAGGCAGCUCGGAAGGCGGGCGACAACAAAGCCUAGGUGACUACGACAGGAUAUCCAGGAGCCGGGAUCAGCAUACAUAGUCGUCUGACGUCGACGCCGGUAGUGAUUGGGCCGAGCGGCGUGUUUUGAUGUACACCUAGUAGUAGUAGUAGUCCUCACCGGAAACUAUAGCGGCAUGGCAGUAGGCGUAUGUACAUAGUCGUGGCCCGUGGCAAUGAAUCGGUCUCGCAGCUGAAAAGCACGCCGCUGCCAACCCAUGGCGGCGCAUUACAACUCGCUGCCGCCGC